AUGAAUAUUAUCAGCUAAAAUCCCAAGGCUUCUUAAGAGUCUAAACAAAAAUUGGCAUAACAUCUUCAAAACAGGAAGUAAGUCAAAGAAAUGUAUAAAAUGAAGGGUGUCCAAAUGCUUGAUAAACCUGAACUAAUGAUUUCUGACAUCAAAGAACCUAAGUUGAAAUCUUAACAAGCUUCAAUGUAUUACUCUAUGAAAAUUGAAUUAACUGAAAAAGGCUACUCUGAUUUUAGGUUUUUAGGGUAGGGAGCACAAGGAUUAGUCUUGUUAGCAAAAAAUUUGAAAAAUUAAAUGAGAUAUGCCAUCAAAGGUGUUUAAGUGAGAGAUCCUUAGGGAAAUCUUUAUGAUGAAGCUUUUAAUAAAGUGGUAUAAGAAAUAGAUAUACUCAAACAAUGUAGAGGCUCUCCUUACGUAGUCAGUCUUUUAGACUCAUUUGAUGGAAAAUAGUUCAUGUACUUAGUUCUAAAUGAGUGUUAGGGAACUCUGAAAGAAAUCAUAGAAAGGAACUAAAACAAAAGACUGAAUGAAAUAUCAGCAAUCAAAUACGCUAAAGAUAUUACUGAAGGCCUUUACUACAUUCACUCUAAGAACUGUCUUGUUAAUGAUCUGAAAAUGGACAAUAUCUUAAUUGACUAUAAUGGAAAUGCAGUUGUUUCCGAUUUUGGAUUAGCAGAUAAACUGACAGCUAAAUCUGGUUAUUCAACCAAUCAAUAUAUGGGAAACUUUAUUUUUCAAGCACCAGAAUGCUAUGACCCAAAUGACUAAAUCAUAGGUAAGGUUUAUUAUGAUGAAUAUAAAAAACUAGGGGUAUAAGUCAAACAAGAACCAAGUAACAGAAGCGAAGCAUGUUCUUUAGGUUAUAUAAUUUAUUCUCUUGUUUAGGGAAUAGAUUUCAACUUAGUGCUUAAUAAGCAUAGGCCAUUGAAUUAUGAUGGUGAGUUUUAAAAUUUUGUUUAUCACAAAAACCUUUAAUAACUUAUUGAUGGAUUAACUUAAUUUGUCCCAAGGAAUAGAUUGCCCAUUAAAGAGGCUUUAAUUGUUUUAAAAGGAAUUAUUUGUUUUGAAUUUUAGUUAGACGAUGUGCUUAUUUAGAUGAUAGAUGGAGAUACUCAACAACACGCUAGUUCACUCAAAAAUGAAAUCGAGUUCAUUUAGGAUUUGUCAAAUAAGUUUUAUCCUAUCAUUAAAAACUAGAAGAGUUUAAUCGAAGAGUUGAAAGAAGACCCUCAAAAAAUAUUUUAUGAGGCAAAAAUAGCAGAAUUAGAGUAAGCAAAUUUCAUACUUAAAGAGACUAUUAGCUAAUUAGAAGAAAAAAUUAAAGCUUCAGUAGACAAGUAGCAAAAAUAGGAGGAAAUACUAAAAGUUUAAUAGAGUUUAAUCUAAGAGUAGAUAGAAGACCCUUAAAAAAUACUUUAUGUUAUUAAUCAAAAUUUUAUUCAAUAUAUUCUCAAUUUAAUUAAGUUACUUUAUUAAAAAGGAGGCAAAAAUAGCAGAAUUAGAGUAAGCAAAUUUCAUGCUUAAAGAGACUAUUAGCUAAUUAGAUGA